GUGUUACUGAGGGUUGGUCAGAUGGCCUUCACUGGAGUGGCUGAGAAGAACAUUGUGUUCACAGAUGAAGAUUUGAUCAAAAACAAUCUACAGCCUUCCCAGUUCCUGUCCGGGUUCCUGAUGGAACUUUUGGAAAGAGAGGGUUCAGCCCGGAGCGUGGUGUACACCUUCCCGCACCUCACCAUCCAAGAGUUUGUAGCCGCACUCGCGCAAUUCAUGUCUUCAGAUCGCGGGGAUAUCAAGACACUCCUCUUUGAAGCCCAUGGCAUGACAGACGGCCGAUUUGAAGUAUUUCUCCGUUUUGUCGCUGGUCUCUCCUCCCCACGGGCAGUUUGGAUCCUGGGGGAGUUUCUGGGUAAAUUCCCUAAUCAAACAAUCUGCCGAGUGAUUGACUGGGUGAAGGAGGAGGUUAAACGCCGGGCUGGAAACACAAGGAGUGAAGCUGGUAAACGGAGCCUCCUGAACACGCUGCACUACCUGUUUGAGUCUCAGAAUCCUCUACUGGCUCAGCAGACACUGGGAUAUGUGGAAACACUUUCAUUCCAUGGACUGGGACUGACCCCGAUUGACUGUGCGGUCCUGUCUCAUGUCAUCAGGCCCUGUGAUACAAUCAAACACCUCGAUCUGGAGAGCUGCAGCAUUCAGUGUGAAGGUCUCCAGCGGCUGGGACCGGCUCUGCACAAGUGUCAGGAAUUGAGACUGGGACGCAAUGACCUGGGUGAUUCCGGAGUGAAACUGGUGUCUGCGGCUUUGAGGAACCCGGGCUGUACAAUACAGAUGCUGUGGUAAGUCCCAGAUUGUGAGAGAUUGU